CUUUUUACCGUUUUCUUUCCAUCCUACUGCGAUUGUAACCAUGGUUUUCUAAAUCUAUUGUCUGUUUUUUUCUUAUUCCAUCGUCCUCGUUCGCUUAGUUACCAGUUGUCUAUCGCGUAUAAUUUUUUUUUUCAAUUCUCGGUAGUCGAAACUGAUCGUUAUCGUUAAAUAACUCUUAAAUCUUUCAAUGCCCUCCUCAUUUGGAUUUGUCUCUCGUAAGCACCUCUGCUUUACCUUUACACCAUCUCAGCCUUUCUUCUCUUACUGCACUGACGCUCCAUCCACCUGCACCCGCAAGAAAUCACUUCAAUUCGACGUUUCCGCCCAUUAAUCCAUUUUGUUUUUCACUCCUCUAUCUUUUCAAACUGCAAAAAAGAAAUUUUUUAUAUAUUAUUAUCAAGCCGAAAAAAGAAAUUACCCACGCAACCUAUUUAGAAAUUAUCGGCAAGCUAUCGCGACCCGAUUCCAACCCAAACAUGACCACCACCACCAAUCCAGACACAAUGACAAUUCAAAACACACUAGCUGCGCUGCUCGGGAAUCCUCAUCUUGGGCUGCAAGGUUCGGUACUCGAUGAUUGGCUCGCGGACGAGCUAUCCAAAUCUGGCAUUUUACAAAACUUUCACCUACCACAAUCGCCUCCUCUUACGAUUUCCUCGCCAUUGGAAGAGAAACCAAACCCUGUCUCGACGCCGUCCACGGCCAGCCGGUCUUCCCCCUCCGCCGAAGCUUUGCCCUUUUUACUAUUCCCUGAAAUUCAAGACACCAAGCCUUUGUCUCGGCGGUAUCCCACCCUUGCUGCCCGGCCAGUGCCCAUCAUGCCCAAAACCACGGCGGACGAAACUAAGGUCGCCAUCCCUAUUGCCCCUAAACCGGCAUGUGCAGUCGGCAAGCGGAAACCCGAGGAUAAAGAAGAAAAUGAUAUUGCACUGAAACGAAAAAAGAAUACUGACGCCGCGCGUCGAUCAAGACUGAAAAAGCUGAUCAAAAUGCAAUCGCUGGAACAACGGGUGGCGGAACUGGAAGGGGAAAACUCCCAACUGACAACGCGGGUCGCUGUUCUAGAAUCCGAGAAAUCGGGCCUUGAAUCCAAAGAUAACGGCUUGACCGAACGCAUUCGCAAUCUCGAAACCCAGUUAGCCGAAGCCCACAAAGCCUUGACAUCAAGACAAACAUAGAAUUCUCCCUCCCCCCCUUCCGCCUUGUAUUUUUUUCUUCCUAUAAGCAAGCCUUUUGUAUCCAUUCAAUUCUUUCUUCUAUUUUUUUUCUUCCAUUUCCAAAAAAAAAUUCUUAUACAAUAUUAUUUCAUGUCAGCAGCAUAUAAAGUCAAUAAAUAAAAAUGCAGGCUAAAGAUGUAGACAUCCAAUCAA